UGGGGUCAUCGCAGGUCAACAUCCCAGGUCGCCAAGACAGCAGGACGCUCGAUGGAGACGCGAUUUUAUGAAGGAAAGAAGUAGUAUACGAGGUGCUGUGUGACCACCAUGCCUGAGGUGGGUACAGAGGGGUCCCUGGUGCUGGACGUCCUGCUGAAGACGUGUAUCGGGAACCAGCAGCUGAAGAGCCUGCUCGAGUCCGACCCCACUCAGCUCACCAAACUUGUACCCAAAGUCUCAGCACAAACAUGUAAUGCAAGGUACAAUGAGUUGUCACAGGUGGCCUCCUGCACCUGGACUGGUGCCCGCUCCACCAACAGGCAGCCAGCGCGGAAACCAAAGACAGCCAAGUGCAGUGUCACCCCUUCAAGCAACCAGAAGGCCCCAACAUCUACACAGCCAAAGCAAGCAAAAGUUCCAGGUGAACUGGCUGGCCCAGGUGACCUGCCAAGCUUCCAGCUGCCCCACGCGGCCCUGCUGCCUGAGCCCCACGGCGCUAACAUGGUGAUCCACGUGUGUGACGAGGCCAAGAACCUGAAGCAGGACUUCUCCUGCCCGAGGGACCUCCUGGUACAGGAGAUGCAGUACUUCGCUGAGUACCUCUCCACGGAUGCUCAGAGAUGGGAAGAGGUGGAUAUCUCUGUUCACUGCGACGUCCACAUCUUCGAUUGGUUGAUGCGUUACGUGAAGCGCAACAGUCCCCGCGAGAAAGACAAGGAGACGCCGAAACUCGAGCCCAACAACGUCAUCUCGAUCCUGAUUUCCUCCGACUUCCUGAAGAUGGCGACUCUUGUAGAAGAGUGUAUCGAGUACUGCCAUCAGAACAUGAGCGCGAUCGUUUCCACGCCGUGUAACAUGAACUGCAUCAGCGACCCGCUCAUCACGCGCAUUGCCGCGACCUUCGACCACAACGAGGCUGACGAGAUCAAAGACCGCAAGGACAAGAUCAAGAGCAAGAUCUUCUGUAAGAAGAUCGAGUCCCUGUUUCGCAACAAUGGAGUAACACUGUUCCGCUGCCACGUGUGUAAGCGGGUGCUGACCCAAGACAUGCAGAUGAAGAUCAAGUGUUUUCCAACGCGGAUGUCGAUCAACAGUCACGGUGCAAUAGCGUACAGACACUCGCCUGACCCAAACUGGGACGUAAACGACUUCAUCAUUAAUAUGCACAACGAGCUGAAGGCGUGGAGGGACGUUUACUGGAGACUGUGGGGGAUGUUACACUACCUCCAGUGCUCCAGGUGUAAGAAGGUGUUCCCCUGUGUGGAACUCUCCCACUGCCAAUUCCACAUGGAGCAGCCCCAGUACCCACCCUCGGGGGACGAGCUGUCCAUGGUAGCGGUCGGCGUGUAUGCCUGCUGUAACUCCAAAGCCAUGAGGUUUGACCCAUCAGGACUUAACAAUGGUUGCAGGACCAGAGACCAUGUGGUCAACUUUAGCAGCAACAAGCCGGGUGCCGAUCAGGAGGAAACUGCUGACAGGGUUCUAGAAGACUUACUCCUGCACAAGGACGCGGUGUGCGUCCCGUUCAAACCCUCCACCCGGGAAUCACGCAGCUUAGAAACACUUGCACAGGUUGGGAUGGACUACCUCUUAGAUGGUAACGAGAAAACGAAGCGUCCGAUCUUCCCGGACAACGGAGUAUUGGCCAACCGACAACACAGCCCGGAUACUGGCGGUGUUCAGCGCGCGUUCACGCCCGACAACGAGUCGGUGAACGGAAGCGAUGACGAAGUCGGGGACUCUGAGCAGCCUCGGACCAGCCUCCCGCGCGUGAUCGUGAAGAAGGGAGGAAACGUGGUGCAAACCAGCAAAAAUGCGCAGUCCGAUAAGAACAAAGCAAGUUUUCUCUUUUAUUGUAGGAAGUGGGACACGACACGGUCGCUGCGGUGGAACCAGGAUGCCCAGCGCGAGGAGGACGCCAUGAGGAACUCCGACAUGGUCUCACAGCUCGCCAAGAUUCACUUCGGUACCCUGGAGAAAACUAAGAAGGAGUAUGCUGGUGGUAUCUACUCCAAACUCGACGCACAAUUCCGCAGCACGCUGCAACCGUCCAAACCCACUGGUGUGGCAGCACCGCUUCGGACCAGACAGAGGCCACCACUGAGAUAAACGGAUUGUCCCUGUUGUUUGUGUUAAGGGAUUGUCCAUUAAGCA